ACGUGUCUGAAUACUGGUGGGAAAGGAAAACAAGGCAGGGACGAGCAGGGAGAAUCAGUGGGAGUUCGCUGUGUAAUGGCGGCCUCGGUGUUGCUCUCUGCGGAAAGCACCGUGCCUGGAUUCGCUGUCGGGGGGAGCAGCGGUGUGUCAGGGACCACCGGGAACGGAUUAACCGUGCCGGGACCUGCGAGUUGGAACCGUUCCCUGGACCGGGCGUUCGAAGAAGCCGCGGCCACCGGCUGCCUCAACCUGAGCGGCAGGAAGCUGAAGGAGUUCCCGAGGAGCGCCGCUACUCACGACCUCACCGACACGACCCGGGCCGAUCUGUCGCGUAACAGACUGCCUGAGCUGCCGGUGGAGGUGUGUAUGUUCGUGUCGUUGGAGAAUCUGAACCUGUACCAGAACUGCCUGCGCUCUCUACCUGAGAGUCUGAUCAACCUGCAGGCUCUCACCUACCUGAACAUCAGUCGGAACCAGGUGUCCACUCUCCCUGCUCACCUGUGCAGUCUGCCUCUUAAAGUGCUCAUCGCCUGCAACAACAAACUCGUGUCCCUGCCUGAAGAACUGGGUCAGCUCCGACAGCUCACUGAACUGGAUGUGAGCUGUAAUGAGAUUCAGACGUUACCUGCGCAGGUGGGCCAGCUCGAAGCUCUGCGAGACCUAAACAUUCGCAGAAACCACCUGGUUCGCCUGCCUCCUGAACUGGCGGAGCUUCCUUUGGUGCGCUUGGAUUUCUCCUGUAACAAGGUGACGACCAUCCCGGUGUGUUACCGCAACCUGCGACACCUGCAGAGCAUCGUGCUGGACAACAACCCCCUCCAGAGCCCGCCCGCACAGAUCUGCAUCAAGGGGAAGAUCCACAUAUUUAAGUAUUUGAACAUCGAGGCGUGUAAAAAUGCUCCCGAUCUCUCGGAUGACGACCGAAGACCACUGGGCUACGGGCCAUGUGUGGAGGAACUUUAUCCUGGCCGGCCGUAUGGAGCUCUGGACUCGGGGUUUAACAGCGUGGACAGCGGAGACAAGCGCUGGUCAGGCAACGAACCGUCAGACGAGCUGUCAGACCUGCCGUUAAGAGUAGCCGAGUUAACCAGAGAGCAAAGACAUCGACGAGACCGAGAGCGGGACGAGCACAAGACGGGAUCGCUGUUGGCUAAUGGAAUAUUGGAGGCGGAGCUCGACCAGAUCGACUUUAUUGACAGCUGUACAGGGGAGGAAGAAGAGGAGGAGAGGCGGAGCCGAACCACGGGGGAGCCAAUCAGCCUCAGCUCUCAGUUUAUGGCCUACAUCGAGAGACGGAUCACACGAGAGGGCUCACCGGUGAAAGCAUGUUCCUCCAGAGAUGCAAGAAAUGACGAUUCGAGACGCUACAGCUCUUUACACAACCGAAAUAUAUCAGAUACAGUCGGCACGUUGUCAUCUCCGUCUCAUAGCCAGCGGGCAGGAUCAGGCGCCGGUGUGGAACGCAUGCGGCGGGAGGCUCAGCUCGCUGCUCAGAGGUACGAAGAGGAGAGGCAGAGAGCGCGAGGCAUGCACAGAGAACCUGUGAGGAGUUACGUCAAGCAGAAGGCAGCUCAGAGUCCGCCGAAGCUCAGUCCUGCAGACAGCGAGAACCUGUACCCUUCCAGACGUUCUACUCAUACAGACGACUCCGCCCUCUUUAUGCACGGGGAAGAUCGAGCCUCGCUAUCCUCGACCGCCCUCCAGUCCCCCUCGUACCCCGGCCCCGCUGCCCCGACCCCCUGCCGUGGGGCCAGUUCGCGUCCCGAGAGCUUCCUGUACCGCCUCAGUCAGAGAGAGGAGAAGAAACGAGGAGACUCGAGAGCUGGGAGGCCGGAGGCAGAUGACGUGACUCCAACACCGUCACCAUCUCCAGGACUCACAGGAGAAGAAGCUGAACUGGUGGAACAGCUCCGAAAGAACAUUGAGUCUCGGCUGAAAGUUUCGUUGCCUAGCGACUUGGGGGCGGCGCUGACAGACGGGGUGGUGCUGUGCCAUCUGGCCAAUCACGUGCGGCCUCGCUCAGUACCCAGCAUCCACGUGCCCUCACCUGCGGUGCCGAAACUGACGAUGGCUAAAUGUCGACGGAACGUGGAGAACUUCUUGGAGGCGUGUCGUAAAAUCGGCGUCCCUCAGAGUCAGCUCUGUCUCCCGCUCCACAUCCUGGAGGAGAAAGGUUUGGAGCAGGUUGCCGGGACGGUACGCGCCCUGCUCGAGCUGGCACCCCCGAAAAACAUCACAUCACCAUCCACCAGCUCCGCCCUCUCCAUGUAGGCUUGCCAGUCACUGGUGGGUGGGGCAUGGGCGUGGCCACAGGUCACUGUUUGCCCUCUCCAGUACUUCAUAUGGGCUAAAGAGAGACUGAGACUGCAGCUGUCCAUCCUCCGACACAUCAGUUAACCCGUAGAGACUCAGCACUCGAUCACUCGCUCCACCUCACACGGAGGAACGAGAGGAGGAGGUGAGCGAUUGCAGUGCGGAAAAGAGGAGAGAAGAUGCUGAUGCUGAUCAUCCAUCAUGACUUACAAAACCAGCAUUCACUCAAUAGUUAUAGAGAUUCUUCUCUCAUGUAUGUUUUUCUUUCUCUGUCACAUCAUGUUUGCACCUAUUAUUAUUAUUAUUAUUAUUAUUAUUAUUAUUAUUACAUCACAGCUGACUCUGGGAUGUCGGAUCUGAAUAAUCAGGAUGUUUGUCCGAGUUGGACGUGUUGGAUAAAAGAUGGUGAAAGUGAAUCACACUAGCUCACUCGUUGAGCGAAGCUAAAAGCCCGACCUCUUGUUUUCGAGAACGUACACGUUGCACAAAGAUUUAUCCGAAAUGUACGUAUGUAGCCACAGGGUGACGCUGUUUCCCAAAGACUAUGAACACCCCGCUGUCCUUAAUAUCUCAAAAACUUUAUCACAGUUUAUAAAUAAGUUUAUUAAAAUAAAGCAAGGCACUAUUUGGGACAUGGACUCUUAGUCGGGGGCUUGAUUUUUAAAAAAAAAAAAACCUUAAAUAUCAAAACACGUUUUUUUUUUCUUUCUUUUUUUUGACACAGCCUUGUUUCGAGAUCAGUUUUAAAUCCAGCAUUCACGUCAUGUGGGAGAAUUUGGAAAAACAGGAAAAUUUUUCAUGAUAUUCCGGUUGUAGUUUUUAAUGUAACAUUAACGAGCCUCAGUUCUUUAACGAGCUGAGAUUGGAACUAAAAUUAAUAUUUGGAAAAAUUCAUUUUUCCAGAUUGUGAUGCAUUCACGAUGUAUUUAGUCAUAAAUUUCUGUCAAAGAUUCCGGUUCAUAAUUGACUGUUUUGUUUUUUUUCCCUUCCAUUUGAUGUGAAUGCUUUAAAAUGUGAAAUGUUCACGAAAGGGAUUUGCAGGAGACACGAUUGUUACUUUAUUGCUCUUCUUUGUGUAACAGAUUAUGCAUGAAAGAGUUACUGCAUAUAACGAGGGGAAAGGCGGAGAUUAAAAAGGGGGCGGGGCUAGAAUAGAGACGCACACAUGCACACGGUGCCAAACGCCAAGGCUGUAGUCACCGCUGCAUGGCUCGCUUAUCCGUAUCUGUGAUCGGAAGCUGUAUGUUUGUGUUUGUGGGUGAUUUAUUAUUAUUGUUAUUAUUAUUAUUAUUAUUUUUUUUUUUUACGGAAGCCCAUUUCCCCAGGUGGAAAAGAAAAAAAAUGCAUUUGUAGUAGCGGUGGCCCAUGUUGAAAAUUUGACGUCUUAACUAAAAGUUUUUACUUUUGUCAAAAUUCUAACUUCUUUUAAAAUCCUGACUUGGGUCAAAAUUCUUGUUUGUUUACCUCAAAGUUCUGACGUCUCUCAAACGUUUCACACCUUAAAAUUCUUAUUUACCUCAGAAUUUUUCUCUCAAAUCUCAAAAUUCUGACUAAAUCAAAUUGUGACCCGUUUCAAAUCUUUUGACUUUGUACAUUUUUAUCUCAAAAUUCUUCCUAAUUUCACAUUUUUGAUCUUAAAAUUCUGAUCUGUGAUCACAGAGCUGUGCUAAUAAGCCGUUUGUUUUAAUCAAGUCUGUAACGAAAAACUGUUUAGCAGGAAAACUUAAUGAGCUCACGGUGUGGUCGUUACGAAGAUCGAAAAAUUCAACACAAUCAUUAUUUAUUUUGGCGUAGCAAGUCAAACUGUGUAAUAUCAUUCUACGUGAACUACGAGAGAAUUUUGAGAAGCCGGUUUUUAGAUUCAGUUAAAGUUCUGAGAUUAGGAAGUCAGAAUUCUGAGAAAGCAGAAAUUUGAGAUUUAGUCAAAAUGUAGAGAUUAAAAUUUGGAAUGUUUAAGUCGGAGUUUUGAUAUAAUAACCAGGGAUGAUGAGAGAAGAACUCAGAAUUUUCAGAUUAAAAGUCAGAAUGUUGUCAGAUGUUGAGGUUAAUAAUCAGAUUUCUGAGAUGACGAGUCAGAAUCUCAACAAACUGCUACAAAAAGAUUUGAUGCGAUUUUUAUUUCUUUUCUACUUUUACAGAUUUUUUUUUUUUUUAAUUUCUCGAAGGCUGUCGUCUUCACUGCUGAGUGAAAACUGAAACACUGACACGGCGUUGCACCUUGGCUGGGUAUCUGGGGUGUUUGGUGCUUUGAUAGAAUGUUGACGGAGUAAAAGGACGCGGACGCUGAUGGUGAUUGCGGUUUGUUAUGAGAGGGGGCGCUGUUGGAAGUGAAUAACGCAGUGGUUCAGUCAGUGCACUAAAGCUCGCCCGGAAUUCUUCAUAAAGAAAUAUAAAAUUAAAAACAUUUUAAAAAAUAAACAUUUAAAAAAAAAAAAAAAAAGUUGAAUAUGCAUAUAAAAACUUUUUAUUUUUUCAUUUUUAACUUGCUUUUUUAGACCCUGGUGUUUUAAAGAGGGAAGUUAAAAAUAAAUAUAAUAUAGAUGUUUUUUGUAUUAUUGUUUUUUUUAUUAUGAUUAUUAUUAUUAGUUUUAUUUUGACCUAGGGUUGUUCCCCAGCAGAAAUGAUGUCCCUUCUGCAGGGUUUCACCUGCGUGUCUGUACAGUAAAUUAAUACAUUCCAUACGUUUACAAGUAUGUACCGCUGACCACACACACACACACACACACACACACACACUACAUUCGAUCAGACAGCAUGGACUUUUUUUAUUUUAAGUACAGCGUUUCUUACAACAAUUGUCCCAAAGCUUUUACUGUAAUGUUAUAAAAUUAGUAAAAUAUUAAAAGUAUUUUCUGAACAUUUGGAUUUAUUAUAAAAUGAAUUAAUAAAGUUCUCAUUUCUGCUA